GCGUUGCCACAUACCGGUUUCAAACCGUCUGUCGGCAACGUUUCCGUUUGCUGGCGGAUUAACAGGGAUUAUACUGUGCGCAGGCUAUCGGCGAGGACACUCACCACCUUUCGGCCAUCACGAUGCCAGGAACGUGCUCGAUGACCGAUGCGGUCAGAAUCGUCGACAGUUAGUGAUGCGGAGGAGCAGGUUGUCGGCUCGCCGAUGGCUCAGGUCACCAGCAGUAUGCCAGUUCUCGAACCCAGGCGAGAUCCGGGUCCUUCGCGAGGACUUCUGAUCGGCGUUCUCCUCUUACUGUCUCUGCCACGGUGUCACUGCUUCGACUUGGGACAAUGUACCGCGGCACUGGGCAUGGAGAAUGGCGAAAUCCCCGAUGAAGAUAUAUCGGCCAGUUCUAUGUACGAUCCCAGUCUUGGCCCGAAACAUGCCAGAUUGGUGUCAUCGCCGGCAAGGCAGAACGAGGCAGGCAGCAGCAACAGCGGAACAACGCAGCACGCGGCGACAUUCGCAGUGCGAGUGGGCACGAUCGACGGCGUGGUGACGCAUCAUCUACGAGCAGAGACGCGGAGAGACUUGGCCGCCUGGGCCAGGGCAAUCGUUCAGGGUUGUCACGCGGCUGCUCACUCGCUGCGCGAGUAUACCGUUCGAUGCACGUGGCAAGGGAAGGCCUGUCAGCUGGUUGUAAACCACGAAGACGGUUUCGCGCUGUACGCAGCUGGCGCGAGGGCCGUAGGUGGCAACGGUGUGAGCCCGAGCUCGUCCCCGACUCCUCUCUGGAGAAGAUCCUUCGACAAACUGAAAAUGUCCGCGGACGACGGCGCGCGUCUACUGUGGCUCGACUUUGGCGGCGAGGACGGCGAGAUUGAGCUAGACCUCGAGAGCUGUCCCAAGCCGAUCGUCUUCGUCCUCCACAAUUUUCUCUCCGCGAAGAUCCACCGGCUUGGCCUGAGCGCAUAGGGGUACGAGGGGGCCCCGACGGAGGCCCCCGAUCUGCCACCCCACACCACCAGGUCCGUCACCAGUGUCUUUCUUCACUGAGCUCCUCGAAUUACCUAGAAACUCAAGGAAGAAGAGAGAGAGAGAGAGAGAGAAAGAAGGGUGGCAGACAGAGGAGACACACAGAGAAACGAAGAAAGAAAAUCUCUCGACGGACCAGAGGAAGAGGAACGCUCGCAAGCUUCCACGUUCGCUUCGGAAUUUCACGCGGAGGCGGCGGCAAUUCACAACUCACGCUCUUCCGUAUAUAUUUCUAUUGGAACGACGACGAUGAUUCAAGAUGAAAGACAAUGCACGAAGCGAGCUGAUGUACGAAGAGACGAGGAAUGAAAGAAAGUAUAACAGAAACCGGGUAACGAUCAAGGCGGGGGUAGGGAGAAGUGGUGAACAGGGUUGAUCGUUCACUCGGAGCCAUCCAACGCGCGAUCUUCCACGAAAGUUUGUCCCCCGCGCACGCAACAAGUAGGCUAGAGGGAAGGCGGCGGGGGAAGGUCGCUGCUGGGACGCAGAUCGUAACUAAUCAACGCGCCUAAAGUAACCGAUUAAACCUAUCUACCUAAAAGUAAGAGUAAAAAGGAAAAAAAAUGAAAAAAAAAACGUAAAAAAAAAAAAACAAAAAACCGCUAUGUAACGAACGAAAGAGACGAAGACGAGAGAGAGAGAGUGCGUGUGCGUGUGCGUGUGUGUGCGUGUGUGUAUGCGUGCGAGAAAGAGAAAAUAAUUGGGAGAGACUGAGAACGAGUGGGUGAAGAAUCCUCCGGGUCGAAAUUCGCUCGAUUUUCGGGGAACGUUAGCGAGGAAGGCUAAUCAAUUACUGUCCAAACCGCCGCCCGUUCGCUCUGCCACGACGAGUCCACCGAUCCUCGGCCCGCUCGCGCCUCUCCUCCUCCGCGAACUUGUCGCCGCGAUCGACCAACUUCCUCCCUUUCCUUCCUCCUGGGCAUAAAUACAGGUGAAAGAAAAUGGAAGAGACACGGAGGACGGUCCCGAGGAAGCGACGACCAAGUAAAGUUGUCGUGUCGCGGCUGCAAGUUUCGCAACACGUCGAACGAAAGCGACUUUAAAGAGUUCGCUGGGGGAUGUUGAUCUCCGGCGGAGUGCCGGCUGAUGGUAAAACUUUCCUGCGUCGCGUCGCGUCGUUUUCAUCCAUCCCGGCCUCUGCGAUGUUUACGUGGAUGUCGUUGAGAAAGAACGCGUGAGAGAAAUUCGCCGUUCACCAAAAAUUUCACCGGACUUCCCGUUUUUUGUGGUUCUGGAUCGUGAAACACACGCGCGCGCGCGCGCGCGCGCGCGAAGAAAAAAGAAGAAGAAGACGAUAAUAAAGACGGAGGAAGGUCGAACGCGGUCGAAAGCAACAGGGUCGUGAUAGCAAUGGCCGGGUAGCGCGUCAAUAGUUGUUUUGUACGAUUCGUAUUCUUAAACGCGAGUAAAUGUAAGAUGCCAAGGAAACGUCGAUGUGUAAUACACUUACGGUUGGCCGCCUGAUUCCUGUCGAUCUCGCCGUGUGAUAACUCGCGGACGAACCAGGGCUCUCCCCCCCCCCCAUUCUGCUUCCAUUCGUCGCUUCCAUCUCACCAACAUCUUCGAAAUCCUAUUCCCAUCCCUUUCGUCAGUCUCACUCCCCCUCUCUUCUUCCCACUCCUCACCCACAGCUUGAAGAAACAUCGAGACGGGACUCUCGGGACUGUAAAUAAGCCGUCGUUGUAAACUCGUCCAGUGUCCGAGAAAUUCCGAAAUCGAGAAUCGUACUAACGAGCGAGCACAAAGAUGAAAGGAUCGCGGCGGAGAAGAACCGAGAAUUUCCCACAGGUAACCACGAGUUAUCGGCGUGAAGCGAGCGCUGCCGUGAACUAUCGAGAGAGUGAGCGAGAGCGAGAGAAAGAGAGAGUGACAGAGAGAGAAUAUGAGUGUGUUGUUCGUGCAAGAGUUCGAGCCAUAUUCCUUUUCAUCCGUUCUAUACACAAAGAGUGGAAUGGAAUGGAGAGAUAGACUCGGCGAGGAUCGUCCAGCCGUGAAAGAAAGAAAGAAAGAAAGAAAGAAAGAAAGAAAGAAAGAAAGAAUCGGUAGAAGGAGGCCGUGCGAUAAUAAGAAUUUUCGACUUUAAGUAGAACAUAUCAACGAAAGCUACGUACCAUUGAUUGUGCCCGUUUCGUCGUAUUAUGCCAUUUUGUCGUUCCUUUCGUGGCGGGGGCGAAACGAUCUCGGGGAAUGAUGAUGAUAAAAUUUAGGCUUUCACUUGCCUACACGACUACGAAUUUCGCCGAACAGACUGCGGAACGUUCAAUCGCGUGAAUUUUUAAAUUCCCCCCCCCCCCGGACUAUAUAGAAACCGGAGUACUUUGGAUCCCAUACUAGACUUUCGAUUUCGAUUGAACAGAUUUAAUUUCAUACUACGGACGAUAGAAAUAAAUUCUUCCGCCGCGGCGUUGCGAGUGCAACGAGAACGGGUAGAAGGGUUGUGUAAAUAUUCGAUUGGCGACAAAGCUUACGGGACGAUUUAGAAUUGCCAUUGCGACGCGCGCGAGCACCGCUUUUGUUUGCUUUGAGAAUCACGAAAAGUCAGGUCAGAUCGAGUCGAGAAUCGGGAAUUCAAUUUCGAGAAGCGCGCGGUGAAAUCCGCAGUCCGGUAAUGAGAAACGAUUGAUUCUCGUUGGCUGUUCCAGCCUCGCUGACUGGCUGGAAAUCAGCGGAAAGUAGAGAAACCUGUAAAUGAGCGAACACGUCGGGCGAAUUAAUCGAACGAUUCUCGUCGGCAGCGAGGAUUCCCCGCGAAAGGAACGCGAGAACGUGUUACACGUAUACACGCACAGACACAUCGACAUACUGACACAAACACACACACACACACACACACACACAGAGGCAGACAUGUACACGUACACCCCGCCGUUAGGAAACGAGGUAAACGUCAUUAAGCGCGAGAAAUAAAUUCAGAACAUCGACGUGUUGAAUUAAUUCAGUUUGAAAGGAUUUGCGCGUAAGCUGUGUAUUUUUCUAAUGAUUUUAGGAUGUAGCCAGUCGCGGCUCGUUCUUCGUUUCUGGUUGUUCUCGCCUUCUUUCGUUUCUUGUUAUUUCGCCGCCUAUACCCCCCCCCCACCUCCCCUCCCCUCCCCUCACCCCAAUCUAUCUCCCGGUACCAUCGACGUGUCGAUGAAACGGGGACACACGGUCCUCCUGCGUUUUUCAUUUUUCUCUCUAGGUUUAAGAGAACGUUAACGUGUAUAUCUAUGAGUUACCAAAUAAAUGAGACCGGUUAGAAAAAAACGGGA